AUGGUUGAGAAAUUGCCGGAGCUGGAGGACUGGGGGUGGCAGGAGCUGCCAGGCUGCCAGGCUGUGGCUGGCAAAGCGUGUGACUUCUCCUCGGCCAUCUCGGAGUAUUACGAUGCCCACUACAUCCGGGUGCGGGCACACWCGGGGCAGGAGGAGUCUCCAUGGUCUGGGAUCGUGGAAAUGGAAUAUCUGUGGGGUGAAUUCCUGGUUGUGACAAAUCCCUCCCCACUUCCAUUGCAAAGGAACUCAGAAUCUUCCUUCCACUCAGUCACUGGCUCAGUUGGAAUCUUCCCUUUUACUCCAGCUCAAGUGUUGCCCUGCUUUCUGUGUUUUACCUUUUUGAAUGGGUUAUUAUAUAAACAGGCUGAAACACACAAAAAUGAUAAUUUAAAAACUUUCCUGGGGAAGGACCGUUCCCCUCACAGCYCCCCUCUUUGUGGUUGUUUCUUCCAGCUCCGGAGUAAAAAUAUUUUCCCAGUUGACACCAUCGAUGAUCUUGCCCCAGACACCACCUAUUGCUUCAAAGUUCAAGCAAAUCUCCCCACAGAGGGAAAGCAGGGCUUGUUCAGCCCCAUCAGCUGUGUGAGAACCACCCAAAAAGUGAAUGACCUUCUGUGUGCAACCAACCUGAGUGUCCUGGCUUUGAACAUGAAAUUCCACCUGCUUUGGAAUAACCAGGGUGAGCAACAGGUGAACUACAACGUCCAGUACCUCACUGGAUUCCUGAAGAAGCUCAAUGAUGAUUACUCUGACAAGUGGCUUAGUGUCCCUAAGUGUGAAAACAUCACCCACACCUGGUGCAACUUCUCCUCCAUCAUCACCACCACGGGAUUUUAUUAUCUGCGAGUGCAGGCCAGGGCGGGACACAACAGAUCCUGUUUAUUCAGAGAAGUCAAAGUGGAUCCUCUGAAAACAAAUGGAAUUGGCCCUCCUGGUGUAAGGCUGGACAUCAGUGACACUUUGCUCCACAUCCUCAUUUCUCCUCCAGGAGAAGAUGAGGAUGAAUUCAUGAGGGAUCAUUAUGACUUGUCCUACAGGAUCCUGUACUGGAAGAAUUCCUCAAAUGAGGAGGAGGAGGUGAGGCAGAAGGAGGUGAAGCAGACCAUCGCCACCAUCCCCGAGCUCAGCCCCUCCACACUGUACUGUGUCAAGGUGCAGGCCUUCUCAGAGCCUUACAACAAAAGCAGUGCCUACAGCCAGCAGAAAUGCAUCCACAGCCCUGCAGGUACACCUUUACCUCUGCUCAUCUUUGGAAUUUUCAUGGGUGCCCUGCUGGUUGUCCUGCUGGUGGCCACUCCUCUUGUUUUUGUGCUCUACCAAGCCUACAGCAAAAUCAAAUACGUGUUCUUCCCCUCCUGCCAGCCCCCCCUGAACAUCGAGGGCUUUGGAGCACAGCUCUUCAGCAGCCCUUACCUGUCAGCUGCAGAGGAGCCAGUGGAAAAUUGCUGUGUGAUUGAAUCCAUGAUCACAGAAGAGGGAAAUCAAAUUAAUUUUACAGACUACRAACACUGCAAACAGAGCAGUCGAGACUCAGGGAAUUAUUCCAACGAUGACAACACUUCCGGGAGCAAAGGAUCCAAAGAAAUGCUGGAAAAGGAAAUGCUGUAACUUCAGGAAAACAAAAUUCAUCCGUGGGACUGGAACUUCAUAAAUACUUCAAACCUCUUCGUGAUGGAAGCCCCAGCCUGAGGGGGACCCUGUGRCCUUUGGGGUCCCUAUGUUUGGGCUCCAGAGCUGCCCCUGCUGGGGGGAAUGGUCUGAGUGUCCCCACCCCAGCCAGGGCUGCCCUUCUGCACCAGGAGCACCUUUGGGCUCUCCCUCUGCUCGAGCUGAUGAGCAAACCCUUCCUGUGCCACCAGAGCUGCUCCUGCUCGUGGAGCUGUGGGUGGAGUUACCCAGUGUUUACAAGCCAAAGGAAAUCCGUGCUGGACACAAUCCUGUGGAGUUUUCAUUUUCUUCCAGGCCUCGGGCAGUGCUUGGCUCAGCAGGUCUGAGCUAAAGGUGCCAAGGGAGCACAGAGGCAGCAGUGAGGAGGCUGGGAUUCCUUGGGAUUCCUCAUGGGAUUUCUUGGGAUUCCUCAUGGGAUUUCUUGUGGGAUUCCUCAUGGGAUUUCUUGUGGGAUUCCUCAUGGGAUUCCUCAUGGAUGGGCCUGGGGAUGCUCCCAGUGCUCAUUCUGUGUCUCUGUCCCCAUCCCUGGAAUGUCCCAGGCCAGGCUGGACAGGUCUCAGAGCAGCCUGGGACAGUGGAAGGUGUCCCUGCCAUGGYAGGRGUGGGAUGGGAUGAGCUGUAAGGYCCCUUAAACUCACUCUGGGAUCAGCAGGAUCCAAGUGGAAUUUAGGAAAUGCCUUUAGCAGAGGGAUGAGCUUGGCAUUCUCCCAGCUUUGUUUUGCCAACAGACUUUUCUUUGGACAAAGGAUCAGGAUAUGCUGCGAUUUCAGUUUCUGUGUUCCAUGUUUUCCAUACUGUCUGCACUGUCUUCUGGAGUAAUUUUUUUUAAGUACCUUAUUUUUUAAUGAAGAAAUUGCUUUGGAGUAAACUGGGUUGUUUGUUCUAACAAGGAACUCUUGAUGUUUAUAUAUCCUUUGUUUGUUUUUUUUUUUUAAUUUUUACUUGAUUUUAUAAAUGCACUGUCCAUAUGUUCAUUGAGGAACUUAAUAAAUUUUGCACAUUUGCUUCUUA